AUGUUCAUCCCAAGCGAGUCCAGAGUUGCAAUUAUGCAAUACUUGUUCAAGGAAGGUGUUGUUGUCGCCAAGAACGACUUGAGAUUGAAGACUCACCCACACAUUCAAGGUGUUAAGAACUUGCAUGUCGUUAAAUUCUUGCAAGGAUUUGCUGCUAGAGGUUUGGUCAAGCAACAAUACGCUUGGAGACACUACUACUGGUUCUUGACUGGAGUCGGAGUUAACUUUUUGAGAGAUUACUUGCACUUGCCAGCUACUGUUGUUCCAGCAACUCACAAGCAAACCGGAAAGAAGGUUACCAUCCUCAACGAAAGACCAAAGCGUCAAUUCAAGGCUGGUGAAAAGCCACAAUAUAGAACCGACAGAAAGACUGCACCAACAAAGACUGAAGGUGAACAACAACCAGCAGCUCAAACUGUCCCACAAGGAACCACAACUGAAAAGCCAAAGACUGGUGGUAGAGGUAAGGGAUUCCAACAAUAA